ACCUGCUUCUUGCUAUGGUUACCAACAAGCUGUGAAUGUUUGGGUAAAGGUGUGCGGGCUGAAUAGCGAACUCAGAGCUGUAUCAGAUGAGAAUAAAUGUGUCUGCAUUUCAUCAUUCUACCGACUAACACCCUGGAUACCAACGCUUUCUAAAGCUUAACCUACCUCUCAAGAUGCCAAAAGGGUUCAAAACAAAAGUAGGAACCUCAUCAAACUCCAAGCUGGUGGAAACAGAGAGUAAAUCCAAAUGGCUGUCUCCAUCUGUGUAUGCACAAGAGAUGUCUCAGACUACAGAGGAGCGAUUAGCUAAUACGUACGAGAUGCACCCACCUCGUAUUCUGGAGCUGUUAGACAUGAGCAUAACCACACACCAGAAGUUUUCCUCCCUGGAUGUGGAUCAGCCUUUGUUCCAGCCAUACCCAUCUGAGAUUGUGUUCCAGAACUUCUUGCCUUCUGAGAUGUACAAGGUGCCUCUGGUGUUGCGCAAUAAUGACAAGAUUCCUCGCUUGGUGAAGGUGGUUGUAGAAGACUCCCUGUACUUUAAAGUGAUCAGUACUGAAGACGUGGGCAGCAAAGUAGCCCCAGGCCUGACCUGUACCUUCACAGUUCUGUUCACCCCACAAGAGAACAAGGACUAUAUCCACCGGCUGAUUUGUGUGACUGAGAGGGAGACAUUUGAGGUGCCCAUCCGGGCAAUUGGGGUUCGUGCCAUCUUGGACUUUCCUGACCAGGUCCACUUUCCUCCGUGUCCAGUCAAAGGCUUGACACAGAAAACCCUUCUAGUGCGAAACAUUGGCAAUGGCGAAGCCAACUUUCAGCUCAGCACUCAGAGACCGUUCUCUGUAGAACCUGCAGUAGGAACACUUGGUGGUGGACAUAGUAUGCAGGUGACUAUUGAUUUUCUACCCAGAGUCACAGGAGACCACAGCCAACAGCUACUUCUCCACUACCACACAGGAGAGGAUGUCUACAUCAGUUUGUAUGGCACCUCUAUAGAUGUAAGUGUAAGACUGGACAGGAACUCUGUGCUGGUGGAGAAGACGUACAUCACCAUGGCCAACCAGCGCCGAGUGGCCAUCCUGAACAGAAGUGACACCAUAGUGCAUUACCAGUGGAAGAGUUUUGCCACAGAGGAUGAGGAGGAGCAGCACAGACUAAGGUUCUGUUCAGAGCUGCAGCCGGAGGAGGAUAAUGAGAUGGAGCAGAUUCUGACGGAGGGUGAUACUGACCUCACUCUGCGUGACCACCUCUUCCAGCAGCGGCGCAGGCAGCUUCAUCAGGACAGCCUAGUUUUCAGUGACCAGCACAUCAUCAUGGAGCCUCAGGAAGGGGACAUCUGGCCAAAGCAGACAGCAGAAAUCAACAUCAUCUUCAAACCUCAAGAAGCCAGACUCUACCAAGAGAUUGUGUACUGUGAUAUCACAGGCAGAGAAGCUCGUUUACCAUUACGUAUAAAGGCGGAGGGCAUAGGACCCAAACUGCAGUUUAACUUUGUUGAACUGGAUAUGAAGAAUGUCUUUAUUGGUUCUAAGAACUGCUAUGAGGUACUUGUCAGCAAUAAGGGACUUAUAGAUGCCCCAUACAGACUAGUGCCUCCCAGUACAGCUAUGGGACUGUGCUUCUCUUUCAACCCUGCUGAGGGCAUGGUGCCACCUGGGGCUUGCCAUGCUCUAGAGGUCUGCUUCUCCUCAGACAACUUGGGCAUCUUCUCUGAAGAGUUUUACUUCAUGGUGGAGGGGAACCCUCAGCCUCUCAGCCUCACCUUUAGGGGGUGUGUAAUAGGCCCAACGUUCCACUUCAGCGUCUCAGAGCUCAACUUCGGCGAGAUGUCCUUCGGCUUUCCUCAAACGCUGACAUGCCGUCUUAGCAAUACCUCACUGGUACCCAUGAGCUUUGGCAUGCGGAUCCCUGGAGAUGGCAUGGGGAAGGACAGUGUGACCAGUUCAGAACAGGUCUCACAGUUCAACAGGAAUAAUUGGAGGCCGGGAGACAGGGUAGCUGAGAGGCCUCAAGAAUUUAAAGUGAUGCCUAGGUCCGGCGCCAUUCGGGCUCUGAGCCAUAAAGACAUUCAGGUAACUUUCUGCUCAAACACAGUUCAGGAGUACAGCAUGUCUCUAGUGGUGGAUGUUGAAGGUGUGGGUGAGGAAGUCUUGGCUCUCCCCAUUAAGGCCAGAUGUCUUGUUCCUGAAGUCCACCUAGAGCGGCGUUUGCUCGAGUUCCAGAACUGCUUCAUGAAUUACCCCUAUCAGAAGUCUGUGACCCUGAUCAAUGUCUCAGAUCUCCCUGCAUGCUAUGGCCUUCUGGAGCAGGAGUAUGAGGAGAACCCAUCUCUGCUGUUCUCCAGUCCUCAACCACGAGGGGUCAUUGAACCAUGCAGUAGAGUGGAGAUUCCUCUGGUUCUUCAGGCCAAGGCACUAGGUCAACUGCACCACACAGCUUUCUUUGCACUGCUAGGCCAACAGGGUCCUCCACUGGAACUACUCCUGUCCUGCAUCGGUCAGGGCCCUGCCAUCUCCCUCUCUGCUACCAAGCUGCAUUUUGGCAACAUCCCAGUGCUUACUGACGUCCCAAGGUCGCUGCGGCUGUCCAACCAUUCUCCAGUCCCAGCCUGUUUCCAUGCACAAAUGGCUGGCAGCAGGUCUCAGUGGCGUGUGGAACCAGCAGAAGGAAAGGUUGCCCCGGAUGGACAUGUGGAGCUAAGGCUGGUGGCCCACCUGGACGACACACUGCCCUUCCAGGACACACUGCAGCUGGUCAUCCAGGACAGCCAAACCCAAACAGUUGAUGUGUCAGCCACGGGCACAGGCACCACCAUCAUCACUGACCGGCCCUUUGCCCCCAGUCUGGAUCUUGGAGGCCACUUCAGCUCCCGUCCAUGCCAGUACCACUUCAGAGUGACCAACAGGGGCCGCCGAUUGCACCAGCUCUUCUGGUCCACAGAGGGUUUUCCUCAGUUCCACCGCAAAAGCCUCCCACUCAAGAACACAUCCAGGAAUGGGAAAGCCAAAAGCCCAUUAGUGACUCCACUUCUUGAUGCCCCUGUUUUUACGCUGACACCCAUUUGGUUGAAGCUUGACCCGGGCGAAUCGGCUGACAUGCUGCUGGAGGGCUUCGCUGACACACCCAAAGUUGUGAGAGAAAGGCUGGUAUGCCUUGCUAACGUGGAGCACGAGACUGCAAAGAAACGCAUCAUGACUGUGGACAUCACAUGCCAAUUCAUUGCCCCAGUUCUAGACAUUUCUUCUCAGCAACUCAGCUUCUAUGUGGAAAAGGUUCCAGACAUGCCACUGGUGCCUCUGUAUGAGAGGCUGCUUCUGAAGAGCACGUCCACCCUGCCCCUCUCUAUGGAGCUCACCCUGGCUGAGCCGUUUGGACUUUGUGACCAUGCUGGAGAUAACACAUUCGCCACUUCUAAGAGUCUGGUGUUGGGUGUGGGUGCUGAGAUUGAGCUGUGGGUGCGCUUUGACCCUUCAUACCAGUCAGACCUCGUGAGCCGUGUGGCAGAAGUGGUGCUGGAGGUGCAGUACAGUGGCCACCCUAAGCGUGACUACGUGGCCCUGCGAGGGGAAGUGCACUUUCCCAACGUACACUUCUCCAGCAGUGUGUUGGACUUCGGGUGUGUGCUCAACCACACUGAAGCUCAGCAGCAGAUCACCAUGACCAACUGCAGCCCACUUCCUGUGUCUUACCACUGGACCUUCCUGCUGGACCAACAGCAGAUCUGCAUCAGGCAAAUUGAUGAUCAGAAGGCUUGGAUGGGAAAGGAACGACCAAAAGAGAAGGAAGACUCUGAGCUUGACAUGGAAGAGAGAGUUUCCUCCUCAGCUUACGACCGGGAUUUGCUGGAACUGGAUUCAGGACUAACUAAUGGCCAAGACAGCUCUACUCCACAUGACCAGGGGAUCAGUACAGCAUCACCCACUAUAACAGCAAGUGUAGGAGUGCAGGAGGUAUUUGACAUCUCGCCAAUCUUUGGUGUACUGCGGCCUGGCGAGAGCCAGCUGGUGACCUUCUCGUUCUUCGGAAACCCUGACAUUAGUGCCGAAGUGUUGGCACUUUGCCAAGUUGAGCAUGGCCCUACCUACGAGAUCAUCCUCAGAGGAGAGGCUUCCCUGGUUACAUAUGCUUUGGACACAACCGACAUUAACUUGGGCUAUCAGCUCUUUGACCGAGUAUCAGAGGCAGAGGUGACUAUAAAGAACACAGGGAGAGUAGGGUUUGAUUUCAGUGCUUUGCUAGAUGAUGAGCAACUGUCUUCUGAAAACCCCUUACCUGGCCAACCCCUUGUCAUUCCCAGCAAGGGCCACAUUGAGGCGAAUACAGAAAUGAGGCUCACAGUGUACUACCUGCCUGGAAUCCCAGAGGUUUUCGAGAAGACUUUCCUGCUGCAGGUGGCCUUCUUUGAGCCAGAGGUCAUUACCUUAAGGGGAGAAGGUAUCUUUCCUAGAGUGGUCCUGGACCUUCCCAGAGAUUUAGACAAGGAGCAGUAUAACUCAGUGGUAAAGGAGGCAAAAGAGGCAAUGGAAAGUGAGAGGCAAAGAGAGGAGGCACUGAGCAGACCUGCCACAGGAGAAGCUGAAAUAUGUGAAGAGGAUUACAUCCCCACUUAUGACGCUUUACUGCAGAUGGAAGUUGAGAGGCUCCUGGUUAAAGAACAUGCCAUAACUACUGAGAAAUCCCAACGCGACACUAGACUAAGUGAAACAUCCAUAUCCAGUAGCAAAUGGUACAAAAAGCCUAGCAGGUUUGUUUUGCCCGAAUAUGUCCUGGACUUUGGCUUUGUGAUCCAUGGCAGCAUCCAUACUCACAUUGUGAAAGUGACCAACACAGGGCCUGCUCCUGUGUCUUUUAGAGCUAAGCUUCAUUUACUUGCAGGCACAGGUUUCAGCACUGAGUUGGACAGGGUGAAGAAUCUGCCCUACUGUGAGACCGAGACCUUUGAGGUGAAGUUUGACCCGCUUGGUGCAAAUCUAGAGCUUGGGGAGAUUACCACCAUCUUACCUAUACAGGUACUGGGUGGUCCCAUGGUGCAGGUGCGUCUGCGUGCAGUAGUCACCAUGCCGUCCCUCACAGUCUCCACAGAUGUGCUGCAGUUUGACAACAUACAGUGUGGUCUGUGCCAGGUGGUCACAGUACAGCUGCACAACCCUGAGCAAGUACCUUGUGAAUGGAGCUUUAGGGUGGAGGAGCAGCCCAAGAAAAAGCCAAAGAAGAUUGUCCCCCUUCGCCUGAGACAGAAGGCCCGUUUCGAGCAGCUGCCUUCUCCGGCUGUCUUUGAAAUGCUGCCGUCCAAAGGUGUCCUCUAUCCUGGGGACAGGGUCAACGUCCAGGUCAAAUUCAGUCCAACUGAAGGGAGGGCAUAUAAAGAGAAGCUGGUGGUAGCUGUGGCUCAGAGCACUCAGCGGAUCCUGCUGCUGGCCCAGGGUCAUGGAGAGGAACCCCAGCUGGAGUUCUCCACCUCACUGCUGGAACUGGGCCCUGUACUGCCCUACAGUGCUGGGGAGGAGGCUGAGGUGGUGGUCCGUAACCUUUGCCACUUCCCCAUUGAGUUCUACUCAUUAGACUUUGACACACAGUACCUGGAGGAAGAGAAGAUCCUGCGCAUGAUGAAAGGCUAUGAUGCACAGAACAUGUUGCUGCUGCCCCCUCGUGCUCCUGGCCAGCCUCUGCCUGCUGAACUCCUGGACUACUACAAAGAACACCAGAGUCAGGAGCCUGAGCAGGAUCACACCAUGGAGGAAAGGGGGGUGGAUGUGGAUGCAGUAGCUGAACCAGCUGUAGAUGGGACAAUCACAGGCGCAGAAGGUGGCACAGUCAGCAGUGUGGGUGAUCUGGAAAUGGACCCUGUGUCCAGAGCCAUCGCUCGCCACGUGGGCAUUGAUCUGUCACCAGAUGGACAGGCUGCACGCAAUCGCAGGGGAAUUGCAAUUAUAGUGCACGGUGCCCCACUCUCAGGUAAGAGCAGCUUGGCAGUGAGCCUGGCGAAGCAGUAUGGUGCUGCUUGUCUGAAUAUAGAUGGUGUAGUACAGGAAGUUGUGUCGUCUGGAGUCAGCACAGCAGCCAUGCAGGCCAGAGAGCUGUGCGGCACUGCUACAGUGGAGCUCACACAGGGAACCCUGGAUGAAAGAGCUCCGUCUGUGUCAGAUGUAUUGGGUGCUGCUGGGUUGCCAGUGGAUGUGCUCAGUGUUGAGGCUGUUGCCAGACACACUGCAGAGGACGGUCAGGCCAAUGAUCCCAAACCUGCUGCAUCUUCCAUUUCAACCCACAAUAAGACCAUCACCACAGAACCAAAGAGGAGUGAUGGCUAUAACCCCACUGCUGUUUCUAUGGCUGCUCAAGUUCAGAGGCGUCCAAGUGAGAGCGUAAGUCUGAUGGGUGAGAUGGCAGCUAUAAGCAGCUUAUUGCCCGAUGAUCUUCUGAUUGAGAUUCUAUCAGAGAGACUACAGCUUAGCGACUGUCACUGCGGUGUAGUGAUUGACAGCUUGGAGACGCUGUACUGCUGUUCGCCGAGUUCCGUGCUUCAGAUCGUCCUCAAAGCCUUUAACAACCGCAAGCACAUCUACGUGAUCGACCUCAACAACAACUACCAUGCCUUCAAAGCUGAAGAGAGAGCUCGGGUGGAGGCGGCGGAGUCCUUGCAAAGGGAGCAGAUUGAGAGAGAACAGCUCCGACUGCAGGAGAUGGAUGAGUAUGAGUACGAUGCCCUGCCUGAGGAACAGAAAGAACGCAUAAACCUCUUACACCUGGAGGUGCUGAGAGAACACAAGCAAAGGGAGCAGGAGCGUUUGGAGCAGGAAGCGAGGAAGCAGCUGGAGGAAUUGGAAAGACUGCGAGAGGAGGAGGAAAUGAAGAAAAAAAACAAGAAAGGAAAAAAGGAGUUGCUUAAAGAAGAUUCAUCAGGGAAGAGAAACCACCUGGUAGGGAAACAGUCAGCGUCUGUGCAGCGCUCUGACUCUAGACUGGACCAGCACCCGAAAGAGGACAGGAAGAUGUCCCAUGUGGACAGAAAGGACAGCAGAGCCUCACUUUUGGAGAGCUCCAGAAAGCUUGAUGAGGGAGAAAACAAGAAGAAAGAUAGAAUCCUCCAUGAGGAUUCUCCGCUGCCACUGGACGACAUGGAGGGAGAAAUGAACUGCGAGGCCGACAGGCAUCUGCUCUACCGUUUCCGCCUGUAUGAGCAGAGCCUGCCGCAGAUCCAGCAUGUGCUGCAGCACUGGGACCGGACCCAGGGCCUUCUCCUUCAAUCAUUCUCCUCUGAGGAGCAGGCACAGGAGAAUGAGGAGGUUACCGAGCAGCAGGUGACCUCUGGUAAGAAGAACAAGAAGGAGCGUGAGAAAGAAAAAGUGAACCGGGAGCGACAAGAGAAGGAGAAGCAAAAAGUUGAGCUUCCGUCAACACCACCCAGCCAGACGCACUUGUUGUUUGAUGACACAGAGGCUACAAAGAGAGAGCUGAUACAGGAGAUUAUUCCUCUUAUCUGCAUCUCUGCGAGUGAGAAGGAGCUGCUGUGUGGAACCAAACUUCUCAGCAGCCUGAAACUGCCGUCCUUGGAAGAGGUUCUGGAUAGCUUGGGGCUUGGACCCAGUGGCCCACCAAUCCCUCCUCCCAUGCUGUUCUCGGUGGUCCCAUACCCCAAAACAAGACCAUUGCUGAGCCCCCAAAACUGCUUUGCCCUCUUGGUGCCUCCGUCUUUGGCUGAGGUGAGGAGUGAGGCAGAUUUGGAAGUGAAGGACCAGAGUCCCAUUGUAAUUGCUAAGGAUGAGUUGGCAUCUCCAAGCAGAGGAAAAGUGAAGAAGGCUCUGGUAAAGGAAGAGCCACCCAAAGAAAAUGCAAAAGAGAAAAGACGAUCUGCAGCCAAGAAAGGAGUCAAGAGUGCAGACAUUCAGCCUGCAACAGUCAGCACAGUCACCCCCUUACCUAAAACUGACCAGUCCAUGUCUGUGGAUAGCCAGUCAGAGCGUGGCCAGAGGCUUACUCAUUUCCGUUGGCUGGUGCCAGCAAAAGGAGAAGUGACUUUACGGAUUUGUUUCAACUCCACUGCGAAAGGCUCUUUUGAGCAAACACUCAGUUUUGAGGUCAUGGGGACCAAGCGCUGCUAUCAACUCUGUCUUAGAGGCAUCUGCGAUUACCCAUCGAUUAGCAAAGAUCAUAAGACAGUGUUUGCUCACUGUAAGAAAGUGUUGCAGCCUGAAGAUGGCUUACAGAAAACCUACAUAGUCCGAUCAGGCCUGUAUGACUUUGGCCCGGUGCUCUGUGGGAAGAACAGAGACAGGUACAAGGAGAAGUACCCAGAAAAUACAGAGAGACUAGUAAUACACAACAACUCCCCAUUGGAGGCAGAGGUUAAUUUCUUGUUCCAGCAUGACACCAAGGCCACCACAUUCUUCCUGGACCCACCAAGCAUGGUCCUCAAGCCCAAGGAGAAAAAGGAGCUUACAGUACUGGCGUAUCCCACCAGCCCAGGCCUCAUAGAAGACAGUGUGGUGUGCUGUAUUAAGGAAAACCCAGAGCCUGUAAUCUUCCGUUUCGUCUGCAGAGGAGUGCGGCCUGAGCUCGAGGUGGAGCGCAGGCAGCUUCACUUUGACAAGACUCUCCUGCACAGGAGGGAAACAAGAAGUUUGUGUCUGCGGAAUCCCACCGCUCUGCCAGUAGCCUGGAAACUCAGUGGCCUGGAGGUGCUGGGUGAUGAAUUCAGUGUGUCACAAGACCAUGGUGUCAUCAUGCCCCAGUCUGAAUUCUCCCUUAACAUGUACUUCAAAGCUGUGAAAUCCAUAAGUUUAAAGAAAACCAUACAUCUGGAGGUAUCAGAUGUGGGAAACAUUCUUGGCCUUGUUCAUACAGAAAAUAUUCAGGUUAUAGCAGAGGCAUAUGAUGUUGCCCUGGACACAGGCUUUCCCCAAGGUGGUCUGGACUUCGGAUCAGUCAAAGUAGGAGAAGAAGUGAAGAUAUCAACUCAUCUGAAGAACAAGGGCAAAUAUGAAAUAGCCUACAUGUUCAUGCUGGAGCCUACAGAGCCAAACAUGCCAGAUCUUAACUCUGUCUUCACUAUCACACCCCAAAGAGGCUCCCUGUUGCCCAGUGACCGACCCACCACUGUCCAGUUUAUCUUCUGCCACAAUAGGGAGGUGUCCAUCAGAGAUCAGCCAAUCCUAAAGUGCCAGGUGAUUGAACCAAAUGUAGGAGGAAUAGUUGCCGUCAUACCCAUUAACGUAUCUGCACAGUGUCUGUUCAGCAAGUACAGCAUCACCCCUCCAAACAGCGUCAACUUUGGUGCUCUUGUCUACGGCUCUCGCAAGACACGAAACCUGACAGUGGAGAACCUGGGUGAAUUUGAAAUUCGUUUUACUAUUUCCAGAACGUCUAAAGAUCCUCCAGGUCCUGCACAGAGAAACGGUAUAGGGAAGAAGUCAUUAAGGGACAGUCAAUCUGCAAAGCCAUUUCCUCCCAACAAACUCCGGAGAGCUGACUCUGUCCAGAAAGACACUGUGGUGUCCACACAGGGCCGUAUGUCUAUGGGGGUGUUCACUGUGUCUCCAUGCUUUGGCCUCCUGCCCCCUGGUGGCAAGCAACUGAUCAGCGUGGAUUGUGUGGCAGAGCAUGUAGGGUUUUGGCACGAGUGCCUGGCAGUGGACAUAACUGACAGAGACCCAUCUGACAGCCCAGGAGGGAUUUCUUACAGUCUAGUGGCAGAUAUCUGUGUGCCAGAAAUUGCCUCCAAGGACAUUGCAUCUAUCUUUGAAGAGCACCGGUUAUCUCAGAACAGUAACAUGUUACACUGUGAGCAGUAUCGGAAUGCUGUGAGCAUUUUUAUCCAGGAAGAGAACAAGUUUGUCUUCAACAAUGUUCUGGUCGGCCAGUUAGCCAAAGCCCGCCUCCGCCUCACCAACCCUGGCAAAGUGCCAUGUGAGCUCAGUCUGCAGGUCAAGUCUGUGUUAGCCAAGACAUCCGAACGCCGCUCUGAUGCCUUUGAGGUAACCCCGACAAGACUAAGUAUCGCCAGCUAUUCGCACGACUUCGUUACCAUCACUUUCUGUCCUCAGGCCAUGCAGACCUACCUUGGAGUGUUUGAGGCAACUCUAGAGGGGGCAAGUGGUAUGUCUCCUAUGGGCAAGAGCAAAGUUCUGGUGUUUGAUUUGCUCGGAGAUGGAAAUUUGCCCUCCAUCACUGUUGUGAAACCAGUCCAGAGGACCAGCCAAGGACAGCCAGUGCUGCAGUUCAAUAGACUACUGGUCGGCAGUAGACAGACCCUUCCUCUGGUAAUCAAAAACAUCAGCAGUGUACCUGCACAGAUCAGCUUUGAUUUACUUGACAAGAUGGGAGUGUUUGGUCUUCGAAGUGCUCCAAACACAACCUGCACCCACGUGUCCUCCACACGCAUAGGCAGAGACCCUGGAACAGCAACGCUGAUGGCUCAUGUGGCAAGCUUGACCCUAAAAGCUGGCCAACAGGCAGAGUUUGAGGUGCAGUUUUGCCCUGAGGUGGCUCAGAGUUUUAAUGCCAGCCUGCGGCUAGUGGUGCAAGACAACCACUAUGAAGUGAUACUGGUCCAGUUGCUGGGCGAGGGCUACCAUGACAUUAUUUCUUUGGACAAUAUCAGCAACAAGUUUCCUCAGGAUCAGGAAAGUACUGAAGCAGCCCCCAUAGACAGGUCCAACCUCCUUAACUUUGGAGACUGCCAUGUGAGCUGCCUCUACAAUGAAACUUUUACCAUGAGUAACCACAGCAACAUUGAAGUUAUACGGUUUGAGUGGCCUCCUGAUGUCCCACAGCUGCGCUUCUCGCCCAGGAUAGGACACCUCCAUGCUGGCUGCACCAAAGAGGUUACAGUGAGCUUUAUCUCAGAGCAGCCCGUUGUGCUGAGCACGCAGGUUGUCAAGUGCAAACUCAGCCGCAUAACCUUCCAGCAGCCUGUGGACCAAGUUCCAGAUUGGGAUGACCGUCGUCACACCAUCAAGUGGGUGGAUGCUGACAGGCAGGCCCUGCCCCAGCAGCCAGCCAAGAAAAAGGUGGUAGAGACUGAUCCAGAGCCUGACCACACUGUGGUGGACAAUUCUUCUAGAGAGCUCGAGCUGACGGUCAGUGCUGUGUGUGAUUAUGCCCAGUUUGAGUGCCAAGCUGAGCCCAUCCAUUUCAAAGAUACUACGCUCUACCAGACCAGAGUCUUCCAGAUGCAAUUGGCCAACAAAGGCACUGUGAAGCUGGAGUAUGUCUGGCAGGUGAUGUUGGAGACCUCUGGGAAAACCAUGUCCUUUAAUCAUGGAGAGAGAACCAGGACUGGGCCACGGCCAUCCAGCUCUCUGGCAAGUGUGUCAGCUCUUCUUUUGGGAAACCCAGAUCUUCCCCCCUUUAGUGUGGAGCCCAGUGUAGGAAUCAUUAAGCCUGGGGCUACUGAGACCUUCUGUGUUCGCUUCUGCCCGCUGGAAAUAGCUGAGUAUGAGGCCAGACUGCACUGCAGCAUCCCCAAUCUGAAAGAGGGACAAGGUCUCACGAUCACCGCAAGUGGUCUCAGCUUACUACCUUACUGCCACUUCCAUCUGAAGGAUUCGGAUUACCUUAGUGGCAACAGACGCAGCCCUGAUCUUAGGGUUGCCCUGGACCCAAACACUAAAGUAGUAGAAUUUUCCUCUACAGGGAUCAAUACAGUUAUCUACAGGGAGUUCAGUAUUGUGAAUCCCACCAACAAGCCCUACUCAUUCCUAUGGAAAUGUGAAGAUACAAGGACUAAACCCUUUACUUGUCUCACACCAAAGAACACCAUUCAGCCUGGCAAGAAAGUUGAGGUCUCGUUUAAGUUUCACCCCCAGGAGCUGGAUCUGGUGGAGUCAUUCUGGACCUUCCUAAUCCCAGAGCAUAAGCUCUCUGUACCCUUUCUGCUGGUGGGCACAGCUAAUGAACCCGUUGUGUAUAUUGAUCAUGCUCACCUUAAUCUGGGCAGCCUGCUUAUCGGCCAGGAGACCCGUAGAACUGUGUACAUGGUGAAUGGAGAAGACCAACCCUUCAGCUUCUCCAUUUUGGACGUCUCUUGCCGGUCAGAGCCCCUUGGAGACAGUCUUCUGCUGGAGACUAUGGAAGGGACAGUAUCCCCUAGAGACAAGCUCCCCUUGGUUAUAUCCUUCACACCCACCCAGGAAGGAGCAGUGAUGUUUAAUCUGCUCGUAACAGUCACAGGAAGGGUCCAGCCACUCACCCUGAACAUAAAAGCAGAGGGCUACAGCAUGAACGCCAGUGUCCACUGCAAGGGUCCAGAGGGAGCUCUCACUAAGCUCUCCUCUACUGACAUUCACAUUGUGGACUUCAAAACGGUGGAGCUGAGUGAGACGUCCACAUGUUCUUUUGUGGUAUACAACCCAGGAAAGUUCAGCCUGGAUGUGCGAUAUGAGCUAACAGGACCUACAGAUCUGCAGCGCCACCUUCAGGUGGAUCCCAAAACAGCCAUAGUACCAGUGGGAAGACAGGAUCGCUGCAUUCUCAGCUUCUUCCCCCUGCAGAACUGCAUCCUCAAAGAUAUGCGCUUUUCAAUAAGGGUAAAGAAUGGUGCAACCUUCUGUUGUUCUCUGCUGGGUGCAGCCACUGCCCCGGGCCUGGAGUUCUCCUUCCUCAAAUACAACUUUGGAAUGAAUUUCAUCUACUCUGCUGGCAUGGUACCUGCAACACACACACUGGUCAUCAGCAACAAAGGAGAGAAAGGAAUCAGCGUGAACUGCUUAUUCUCUAACACCCCCUCUCUGAAAGCGAGCUUCACCCCUGAGGUGCUACCCCCUGGUGGCAGCAUGGAGGUGCUUUUUACUUUCUACCCUCGGGAAGCAGUGCAGUACCAUGAGAAAGUGGUCUUUGAAAUCAACAAGUGUGCCAAGCAGGUAGUGGAGAUCCUGGGGCAAGGAAUUGCGAUGAAGAUUGAUGUUGAAGAUCCACAGCACAAGGUUGUGAAGCUAGGAGCCCUGCAAGUGGGCCAGAAGUGCAGGAAGCUCAUUCCUUUGAUCAACAACAGUGACUCGUACUUGACCUUCUCUCUCCUGUUUACGCCUACUGCACACGCUCUGUUGGACCCUGGGGUUUUCUCCAUGCGUCCGGAGCGGGAGGUGACCCUGCCAGGCAGAGGGGGAAGAUGUAAGGUGGAGGUGGUCUUCACACCACAGCAGCGCAUGGCCCCCUUCAGCGAGGAGCUGCAACUGAAGUGUUUGGGUACUGUGUGCCCCCUGCUGGUGCUGAAGGGCUGCUGCCACGGUGUGGAGGUCACACUGGACCAGGGGUACCUGCGCUUUGGGGCCGUCUGCCGGAACUGCAAAGCCACACGCCGCAUUAUUCUGCAGAACACUGGCGACAUUGGGGCUAGGUUCGAGUGGGAUGUACAGAGUUUUGCACCGGACUUCAGUAUCUGCCCUGCCAAGGGCUACAUCACCCCAGGAAUGGAGCUGCCUUUGGAGGUGACUUUUGCUCCUGUAGAGGUGAAGCAGAAUGUGCGAUAUGACAAUCUCUGCUGCUCCAUAGAGGGAGGCAAACCUGUGACCAUCACAUUGGCUGGCUCCUGCAUUCCCCCACAAGUAGCUAAUCAAGUGCUAAACUUUGCGUGCCAGGUGCGCAGUCAGUGCACACAAUCUCUUAGUCUGUCCAAUCCCUCAAACCAGAGCUGGAACCUUCAACCAGUGCUGGAGGGGGAGUAUUGGAGCGCCGCACCCUUCUUUGUCGUUGAGCCCUACCAGCAGAACAAAGCCUAUGAGAUUACUUAUGAGCCCAUGACCAUGACCACAGAUGGCAAAAAGCACCUGGGCUCUGUCUUCUUCGCUUUCCCCGAUGGUGCGGGCAUGCUCUACACCCUGCAGGGCACAACAGAGCCACCUAAAGCGGUGGGCACUAUCAGUGGUGAGGUACCCUGCAAGACUCUAUAUACAGAGAUGAUCCCUGUUCAGAACUGGCUCCACAAACCACAGAGGUUCCGUGUUCUAAUGGAGAUGGUGAACCCUGACCGUCCAGACAACACUGUUUCUCUGAAGGGCUUGGAUUAUAUGGACGUGCCUGCGUUGGCCAAGCGGGACUACAAAAUCUCCUUCUUCAGCUAUAAAGAGGGCCAGUACAAUGCCAAAGUGACCUUUAAGAAUGAAGUCACAGGUGAAUAUCUGUUCUACAACCUCAGCUUCAAAGCCACACCUCCAGGAGUGAUGAGCACUGUUGAGAUGGUGGCGUCUGUCAGGCAGACAACAUCUGCAUGUGUGGAGGUGGAAAAUCCAUUACCCACAAACGUGGUGUUCUCGGUUGAGUGUCGCAGUCCAGACAUCAGUGUACAGUCUCAGCUUUCGGUGUCUGCACUGUCCAAGGACACCCUGAAGUUGCAGUACCAGCCUCUGUGUAUAGGGGAGUCCACAACCCGGCUGACGCUACAGAACAGUGAACUGGGUUCCUUCCAUUAUGAGCUGCUGCUCCGGGCCCUCCCUGCCCCUCCUGAGAAACCCCUCUACUUCAAAGCCCCACUUGGCAGCAGCCAAUACCUCACUGCCAAGUUCACCAGCUACUCUCGCGUCAAGACUGAGUACACCUGCAAGACAGACUGCCCGGACUUCUUUGUGGAGAAGACUGUAUCAGCAGCAGCAGCAGGCUCCCAGACAGGCAGUGACGUCAGCGUGAAGGUUCACUUUGAGCCCAGUCAGCUGGGUGAAGUUCGAGGCUUGCUCACAGUUUCAUCCAGCCUCGGAGGGGACUAUCUGUUCCCCCUCUACGGCACCUGCACUCCUCCCAAACCUCAGGGUCCCCUGACCAUCUACGCUGGCUCCCACGUCACUAUUCCCUUUAAGAACGUCUUUCCACAGGCUGCUGCCUUCUCCUUUCAGGUAAACAACCCAGCCUUUACUGUCAAGGGAGCGGACACCAUCCCAUCUAAAAAGACGCACAACAUUGUGGUGAGCUUUGAGGGCCCUCCGGAAGGCUCCAAGACCCUGUGCACAGGAAAGCUGACCAUCUCCAGUCCACGGACAGACGGACAUGGACAGGCCAUCUUCUGGGUGUACUACCUCAAGGGCAUCUGCCCUGAGCAGCCUCAGAGAGAGAAGUAAUGAUUGGGUGCCAUGUUCUGCUGCACUGCAUAAUGCAGUAAAUCAGUUUAACCAGUUCUGGAGAAAUACAUUUAAGGUUACAUACUAGGUGUACAAAAUAAAUAAAUAUGCCUUAGAAAGUAGAAUUUAUGUCCAUUUGUAUAAACAGCUUUGUGUAUGUGUUCUGUAAAGUCACUUUAAAGUGUAGCUGUAAAAGCUGCAAGGCCAGUCCUUGAUUUCUUCUGACCUCCACCAGGAGGUGCACUUGCUGCCCUUUUGCAACACCUCUAACAUUACAUUAUUACAUGGAACAGUAGAUGCUCUCCACUCUUUUAAGAGACAUUUGAAUGUCUGUGUUCACAUAAUACAUUUCUGUGAGUGAGUGCUUGUUAUAAAAUGGCUCAGGUUUUUAGUGCAUGUGAAUCUAAUAUUUUUCCAAUUUCUUUUUUUUUUUUUUGCCGCAGUCUGGCGAGACACUUCAUGGACUGUAAGAGAGCUUUUAAUGAGAGAGUGGGCGAGCACAGCCCAAGCAAGGGCAGCCUGACAUUAAGCAAUAGUCCUCUUAGGAGCACAGUUUAAAUUGGCUCUCAAUUUUGCUGCAAUUUGUUCCCUGCACCCUCAUCUCCAAACACCCUCUUGAGCCCCGGCCAUUAAGCGGGUCAGCUGACAAUAUGAUAAUGUUGAACUGCUUAUGAUACAGUACAGUACAGUACAGCACUAGUCCUGUACACCACUGUGUAGAACAUGCAUCAUAUCUGCUACAAGCUCUUACAGGUAAAGUUCAAUAAUAAAAUAUAAUAAUAAAAAGACCUAAUUGUUGAAAUGGACUUGUCAUUCUUAAUACCCUCUUUGUCAUUAACCAAGUACCCAUAGUAUUUCACAAAGAACUAGAAAAAGUGGAUUUUAAUGGAGGGAAACCUUUAAUACCUUUUUGGCAUUAACAGAGCAGGCUGUGUCAGACUGAGAUGAAUCUAAAUACUCUUUAUAUGCGUCCCCAACACUCAUUAGCCAUUUUCAGAGUAAUCAAGGCAAAAUGUCUCUCUCUGACUGAGCCAUCAAAGGAAAGCCGGCAACUUCAGCAUGGAGCUUACUGUGCUUUCAAGUGCAUCUUAGAUGGUACGUUUCUCUAAGGUGACACUCGUUUCCCUGACUUGUUCAUGGGUCAUGUUCAUGUGGUUUACUUGGGAGGUAAUAAAAAACAGAGAAUGACAAGACAUUUUAAUGUUUUUUUUUUUU